UUAUUCGAAAUACGUUUGGAACGUUUUUAAUUUUUGUGUUUUGGUAUUACGGGUGUCUGGCCGUGGAGAUAUUGGAGAAUAUAUUGGAAAUUGCAAUGGAAUUGAAUAUAUUAGAACUAUUCAGUGGCAUCGGAGGGAUGCACUAUGCAUUUGAGUAUUCACAACUCAAGGGAAAUGUUCGGGCAGCGAUGGAUAUAAAUACCGUGGCAAAUGCAGUUUAUGCCCACAAUCAUCGACAAACUCCAGUUAUGAAUAAUAACAUACAAAAACUUAGCCCCAAGACUAUUGAAAAACUACAAAUCAACACCGUACUCAUGUCUCCACCAUGUCAGCCGCACACACGUGUUGGACAAAAACGUGACAUAGAAGACAAACGUUCCGAUGCCUUAAAUCACAUAUGCGAGAUGUUGCCAAUGUGCCAUACAGUGCAAUAUAUUCUAAUGGAAAAUGUCAAAGGAUUUGAAGAGUCAAUUGCAAGAACCAAAUAUAUAGAGGCUUUAGAAAAAUCCGGUUUUUAUUAUCGUGAAUUUAUUCUGACGCCCACACAAAUCGGGGUACCAAACACUAGACAUCGUUAUUAUUGCAUAGCGAGAAAGGCGAAUGAUUUUAGUUUUGAUGGUGGACAAAUUUUAACAUCCCUACCGGGAGCAGAGACAUUCAAAACAAAAUCACUGUCGUCUUUGUUGGAGCAAGUGACAUUGCCAGAAUUUCGCCUAGAUGAAAAGGUAUUGAAAAAGCGAGUAUGGCUAUUGGAUAUUGUAACGAAUGAGUCGACAAAUACAAUGUGUUUUACCAAAGCAUAUACCCAUUAUUGUGAGGGAACCGGAUCAGUGUUUUGUCCCUUGGCAUUAAGUGAAAUGCAAAAUAUAUUUGCCAAAUUGAAAUCGAUGGAUGAUGCAAAUGAUGGCUGUAAUCAAACGGAAUAUACGGAACUCCUGCAAAAACUUGGUCUACGUUAUUUUACACCACGUGAAGUCUCAAGAUUAAUGUGUUUUCCAGACAAUUUCGAUUUUCCAAAGGAGACCACAAAUCGUCAGAAAUAUCGUUUACUGGGCAAUAGUAUCAAUGUACAAGUUGUAGGCGAAUUAAUAAAACUAAUGUGCGAAACAUGAAAAA